UGGAUGAUCACUGUGUGUGUGUGUGUGUGCGUGCGUGAUUGUGUGCGUGAUGGAGACAGCGAGGGAGCCCCCCCGCUCCUACUGUUCAGUGCACAAUGACUCAAUGAGAGGUGGGGGGGGAGGAGGCAGGCGCACUGUACCGCUGCACGAGAGGGAGCACAGAGGAGAAGAGGAGCUCACGUGGAGGAAGAGGACGUCCUCUCUUUAUCCUCCUCAGGGACACUCCGGCAUCAAGUGGCAGUCGAGCUGAACUUCUGACCGUCCGCCUGACUCCUUUUUCCUGCUGCCUGCUCCCCUCUCACAGAAGGAGGUGGUCAGCUCCCCCCUCCCCUGAAAGCCAAAGACCUGUCAGCUCGGAUCGACGGCGUGGUGGAGCUCCACAGGAGAGAACAAUGCUUGCUGGGAGAAGAUGGGAUGGAGGCUGGCUGGGCGGCUGCAGGACGAUAGGAUCUCACCCCCGGCUGGGGGUGGUGCUGGUCUGGGGUGCCCUGGUGCUGCUGGCGGGUCAGGGGGGCGCCCGGGGCUGCCCCGCUCCCUGCACCUGCGCGGGGAACACGGUGGACUGCCACGGCCGGGGGAUCCAGUCUGUGCCCAAAAACAUCCCCAGAGGAACCGAGCGGCUGGAUCUGAACGGGAACAACCUGACUGUCAUCACCAAGUCCGACUUGUCUGGACUCAGACAUCUCCGAGUGCUCCACCUGAUGGAGAACCAGAUCUCCAACAUUGAGAGAGGAGCAUUUGAUGAGCUGAAGGAGCUGGAGAGACUCCGCCUCAACAGAAACCGUCUGAGCCAGCUUCCAGAGCUGCUGUUUCAGAAGAACGAGGCUCUGUCCCGACUGGACCUGAGUGAAAACCGGAUCCAGGCUGUUCCGAGGAGAGCUUUCAGAGGAGCGGCUGAUCUCAAAAACCUCCAGCUGGACAAAAACCACAUCAGCUGUGUUGAGGAGGGAGCGUUCAGAGCGCUGCGAUCUCUGGAAGUGCUCACCCUGAACAACAACAACAUCAGCAGCAUUCCCGUCUCCAGCUUCAACCACAUGCCCAAGCUGCGCACCUUCCGGCUCCACUCCAACUCCUUGCGCUGCGACUGCCACCUGGCCUGGUUGUCUCCGUGGCUGCGGCAGCGCCCGGCGCUGGGCCUCUACACUCAGUGCAGUUCCCCUGCGGCCCUCAGGGGCCUCAACCUGGCCGAGCUGCGGAAGAGCGACUUUGCCUGCACAGGAAACAGCGGCAGCGCCUUCGUUCAGCCGUGCAGCUUGGCCUCCGGAUCCUGCCCCCCCAUGUGCUCCUGCAACAACAACAUUGUGGACUGCAGGGGGCGGGGCCUCACUGCCAUCCCCGCCCACCUCCCAGAGGCCAUGACCGAGAUACGUCUGGAGCAGAACGGCAUCAAGUCGGUUCCUCCUGGAGCGUUCUCCUCCUACAAGAAACUCCGGCGAAUAGACCUGAGCAACAACCAGAUCAGUGAGAUGGCUCCUGACGCCUUCAACGGCCUCCGAGCCCUCAACUCACUGGUUCUGUACGGAAACAAGAUCACGGAGCUUCCCGGCGGGAUUUUUGACGGCCUGUCUUCUCUGGAGCUGCUGUUGCUGAAUGCGAAUAAGAUCCACUGCGUUCGAGCGUCGGCCUUCAAAGAUCUGGAGAACUUGGCUCUUCUGUCGCUGUACGACAACAAGAUCCAGAGUCUGGCCAAAGGGACUUUCAGCGCGCUGCACAGCAUCCAGACUCUCCAUCUGGCCCAGAACCCCUUCGUCUGCGACUGCAACGUCAAGUGGCUGGCUGACUUCCUGCGGUCCAACCCCAUCGAGACCAGCGGGGCGCGCUGCGCCAGCCCCCGCCGGCUCGCCAACAAACGCAUCGCUCAGAUCAAGAGCAGCAAGUUCCGAUGUUCCGCCAAGGAGCAGUACCACAUCCCAGGAGCAGAAGACCGGCGGCUGAGCCACGAGUGCAACAGCAAGCCGGUGUGUCCCGUUAAAUGCCGGUGUGAAGCCAACGUGGUGGACUGCUCCAACCUGCGGCUCACCAAGUUCCCCCAACGCCUGCCGCCGUCCACCGAAGAGCUGCGCCUGAACAACAACGACCUCUCCACGCUGGAGGCCACCGGAGCCUUCAAGAGCCUGAAGCAUCUAAAAAAAAUAAACUUGAGCAACAACAAGAUCUCAGAGAUCGAGGACGGCGCGUUCGAGGGCGCCUCCUCUGUGGUGGAGCUGCACCUCACCGCCAACCUCCUGGAGUCCGUGAGAGGAAGCAUGUUCAGAGGCCUGGAGAGCCUGCGGAUGCUGAUGCUGAGGAACAACAGGAUCGGCUGCGUCCACAACAGCAGCUUCACGGGACUGACCAACGUCCGCCUGCUGUCGCUGUACGACAACCAGCUGGGCAGCGUCCUGCCCGGCGCCUUCGACGCGCUGCCCCACCUGUCCACGCUGAACCUCCUGGCCAAUCCCUUCAACUGUGACUGCCACCUGUCCUGGUUUGGGGCGUGGCUCAGGAGCCGCCGUAUCGUCACAGGGAACCCUCGCUGCCAAAGCCCCGCCUUCCUGCGGGAGAUUCCUCUGCAGGACGUAGCUGUGCCGGAUUUCCGCUGUGAGGACGGCUCCACGCUGGAGGACAGCCGCUGUACCGCAGGGCCGCAGUGUCCCAGCCAGUGUACCUGCAUGGACACGGUGGUCCGCUGCAGCAACAAACAUCUGCAGCUGCUGCCCAAGGGACUUCCUCGCAACGUCACCGAACUGUACCUGGAUGGGAACCAGUUCACCAGCGUUCCCCAGGAAUUAGCCACCUUCCGAAACCUGCAGCUUGUAGACCUCAGCAACAAUAAGAUCAGCUCUCUCUCUGACGACUCCUUCUCCAAUAUGAGCCAGCUGACCACACUGAUCCUCAGCUACAACGCGCUGCGCUGCAUCCCUCCUCUGGCGCUGGCCGGCCUGCGCUCCCUCAGACUGCUUUCUCUCCAUGGAAACGACAUCUCUGAGCUGCAGGAGGGCAUCUUCAGCGACGUGGCCUCGCUGUCUCACCUAGCGAUCGGCGCCAACCCGCUGUACUGCGACUGCCGUCUGCUCUGGCUGUCGGACUGGGUGAAGAGCGGCUAUAAGGAGCCUGGCAUCGCCCGCUGCGCCGGCCCCCCCGGCAUGGAGGCCAAGCUGCUGCUCACCACGCCUGCUGACAGCUUCCAGUGCCUCGGUCCGGUGGAGGCGUCUGUCCAGGCCAAAUGCAGUCCAUGUGUCUCCUCGCCAUGCCAGAAUGGCGGCGCCUGCCAGGUCCAGUCCUCAGAGGAGUACACGUGCUCGUGCGCGUCCGGCUUCUCGGGGAAACACUGUGAGACUCCCGUUGACGCCUGCGUCAGCAACCCCUGCACCAACGGGGGAACCUGUCUGAGCGACGAGCAGACGGGGGGGUUCAGUUGUGUGUGUGCUUUUGGUUUUCACGGGACCUUCUGCGAGGUGAACGUAGACGACUGCGAGGACCACGGAUGUGACGAUGGCGCCACCUGUGUUGACGGCGUUGGCAACUACACCUGCCUGUGCCCCCCCCAUUACACAGGUCUGUUCUGCGAGGAGGAGGAAGAUGUUUGCUCUCCAGGCAGAAACCCCUGUCAGCAUCAGUCCACCUGUGUCAGCAGUCCUGCAGGCCCCAGGUGCGUGUGCAUCCCCGGCUGGGUGGGGCCUGACUGCAGCAUUGAUUAUAACGAGUGUUUGGACCAUCGCUGCCAGAACGGCGCCCGGUGCGUGGACCAUCUGGACGGCUACACCUGCGUCUGUCCGCACGGAUUCAGUGGGGAGUUUUGUGAGGUCGGCCCUCCGCCCUCGCCACCCUGCCAGCGGGCUCUGUGUCAGAACGGCGCCCCCUGCGAGGAGGAGGCGGGAGCUGCAGUCUGCCGGUGUCUGCCGGGCUUUGAGGGUCUGAGCUGCGAGAAGCUGAUCAGCGUCAACUUUGUGGACAAAGACUCUUAUGUUCAGCUUCAAGACGUGACGAACGGACCGCAAACCAACAUAACUCUACAGGUGUCCACCGCAGAGGAAAAUGGAAUUCUGCUCUACAACGGAGACGACGAGCCGAUCGCCGUGGAGCUUCAUCAGGGUCACGUGAGGGUCACCUAUGAUCCUGGGAACCAGCCUGCCACCACCAUCUACAGCGCUGAGACCAUCAACGAUGGAAGUUUCCACACGGUGGAGCUGGUCACCUUCAACCAGAUGGUCAACCUGUCUGUGGACGGAGGAGAGCCGACCACUCUGGACAGUCUAAGUCGCAGCCAGACGUUGACGGGCGAGGCCCCCCUGUAUGUGGGAGGUAUGCCCGAGGAGGUGAUUCCAGCCUCUCUGGGACUUUCCUCCCAGACGGUAAACGCCUCCAGUUUCCACGGCUGCAUCAGGAACCUGUACAUCAACCACGAGCUGCAGGAUUUCACCCGCGGCCACAUGAAGCCGGGGGUUCUGCCAGGCUGCCAGCCCUGCCGCCAACUCUACUGCGUGCACGGCAUCUGCCAGCCGAACACAGCACAGGGUCCCCAGUGUCACUGCCAGCCCGGCUGGACGGGACAGUACUGUGACCAGCCACUAACAAAAAGCCCGACUGGAUCGGAUGUUGUUACCACGACAACCGGCGCCAACCCCUGUGAGGCCAGCAAGUGUGUGAACGGUGCAUGCGUGGUUCUGGACGCGCAAACGUACCGCUGCGAGUGUGAGAAGGGGUACGCGGGAGCGCUGUGCAACUCUGCAGCCGGCUCUUGCCGCGGUCUGCCGUGUCUGCGCGGCAGCUGUGCGCAGACGGAGGAUGGAGAGAGCUGCGUCUGCGAGCCCGGGUUCACGGGGGAGAGCUGCGAUGCAGAGUCUCCAUGCCGAGGCCAGCCCGUCCGGGAUUUCCACCGGCUGCAGCGCGGCCCCGCCCUCUGCCAGACCGUCAAAGCCUUCUCCUGGGUGGAGUGUCGGGGUGGAUGCCGGGGAGCCAGCGAGCAGGGCAUCGGCGCCGCCGCCUCCUGCUGUGCUCCCCUGAGGAUCCGCAGGCGGCGCCUCGCCUUCGCAUGCGACGACGGGACGUCCUUCACCCAGGAUGUGGAGAAACCUGUGGAAUGUGGCUGCAAGGAGUGUGCGUGAGGCAGAGGAGGCUGCACGCACACGCACAGACACACAGAGGGAGGGCUUCUGCAGACAACGGGACAUUUGUUUGUUUUGUGUGUUUAAAGCUGACGCAGUUUUCAGACAGUUCUCCCCCCUGAUGACAUCACAUCAGCAAGCCGACCUCCUCCUCCUCCUCUUCCUCACCCCGUAGGACCACUAACCUCCCCAGUCCAACUGUUUUGCCCUAAAUCAAACUGACUUUAUGUAUGUUCCUCUGCAGGGACAUCAGUUGUUUUUUUGUGGUUUUUUGGUCCUGCUGGGUGUUUGAGCGGGAUUCUGACGAAGUCCACAAAGCUGAGCUUCCACUGAACGAUGUCAGCGCAAACAUUAGGAGUGCAGGUGCCAAAGCAGGACGAGAGCAUCCGGUAUUCCGCUCAAACUCAAGGCUUCAGCACGCGCUCGCCGCCUUUGAUGAUCGUUUCCUCCUCUGAAACCAACCCUCUUCAGAGUUUAGCUGCUUGAGGAUAUUCUUUGAAGGACAUAAAGUACCGUUUUGUUCAUUUUUGUGCAGCAGAGUUUAAAGGAAGUUCGCGUCACCAGAGACUACUCUGCUCUGGUUUGAAGAACCCCCACGAGCAGACGGGAGACGUCAGAGUUUAGCCCAGAUUCAGGAGAAAGCUGACGCCAACAGAGCGUUCCAACAAGUGCAGCUCCUUAAUUCACUCUAAUUGAUUCUUCAUAAUACAAUUCUGCAGAUUUAUCAGACAGACGAGGCCUUGUCAUAAAAAUGUCUGAACGAUGCUUCAGGAAGGACAAACAGGUCAGCAGCUGCAGCAACAGCAUCCACGCAAACAGCAGCACCUAGUAGUGGUUUAGUGCGCAAUUAAAUAAAAAAAAGAAACCGUCCUGAUCCAACUCUUCGGGCUCCACAGCCGUCAGAUGGACCUUCGGGGCUGAAGGGGCUGUGAACUUCUGUCCAAUUUUCCGCAAACUUAAGUAAGACAAAUAUUUUGACCAUAAAAAAGUGUUUCUAAGGAUCAACGCGCAGAGAGGUCUGACGUUAAACUCCGCCUCUCUGUCAGGAGGUCAGGGGUCAUCCCCAAAGGCUUCCAGCCUCCUCGUUUCUCGUCUCGAUGUCAAAACUGCUUCCAGUCUUUCUCUCAGUGCCUGUUGCUUCAGCAUCUUUGACCUAAGCUAUGUGUGGUUUCUAUGGUAACGCAGUGAGAAGGGGGAGGGGUCAUGUUGUGAUAUAUUUGACAUAUUUCCCCUGAACUCCAUCUGAAAUUCUGAAACUGCGACAGUUUUCUGUCCAGAGUCUGGAUGGGGGGGCAGCCCAGUCCUGGGGGGUGGGGUGGGGGGUCUGCGCAUGCUCUGCACACGUGCAGAUCAAAUGCUCAUUUCAUUGGCUGGAUCGUUAACAUCCCAGCAUUCUCCCACACGCGUGUGAAUCAGCAAUGUGCCAAACUGACGUCAGUAUUUUCCAGCUGCAGCCGCGGUUCUGCUCAGCGCCGGAACCGAGGGUCCAACUCUGUUCUGCGUCCUCCAGGAAGUCCAUCCGCCGAGCUGUGAAACCAUCAGACAGCUUCUUUUAAAACCAAAAAAACGAUGCAGCUCUGCUGAAUCAUUUAAAGCUUCAAUCCAGACAGACUGUUAGAGUGAAAUGCAUCAUGGGUAUUCAAGGCUGCAGAAAGGUUAUCAGCUGUUCUUCUGAUUUCAUUCAUUUCACAUUUAACGUGUUCCAAUAAAAAACUAAAGAGUUUGACCCCAAACGCUCCAGGAUCAGGAAAGUUCUGGAAAUCUUUUUCAGUAGAAUAGAUCAGGAGAAACAUUCUGCCGUCACACCAAACCUCAAUGAAGUUCAGCCGCUGUGGAGCUAAAAACUCCAACCGUCUUCAUGGAGCAGAAGUUCCCCUUCACUUCUGGUUCUUCAAGACUCUGAGAGCAGCAACCCGGGUCGAUCCGACUGUGGCUCAGCUGGUGUGAACCCAACCGGAUGAACGGGAACGGCUCAGACCCACCGCGGUUUAGCUGUGGGUGGAGCGGCUGUGCGUCAGCGGGACUCCUCUCCAUCUGGAGGGGGGGGGGUUCUGCAGGCAGAUCAUCAUCACCACUGAUCCAUAACGGAAAGACAAACCAGUUUGGAAAUUUACGGAGGAAAAGCAGGUCACCUGAAAGCAGCAGAGGGUCAGUUCUGUGUCGUCAUCUGAAGGACGUCACAGGUUUGAGAACUUCCUCUCAGCCCGUUUUAGUGAAGCAAAAACCUCCUGAGCCGCAGCUCCUCCCCGUCCAGCGAGGUUCUCCUCGCCGCUGACGUCCAGCUGUUUGUGCGGCCGUCCGGUGGCGAUGCGGCUAGCGUGUGUUAGAUCAGCUCUAAUCUAGUGUGGUCCUGUCCGUAGACUGCAGUGUUAACAACUAACAGACGGGAAGAAGCGGGAAAAGCUGCCGUUGUCGUGAAAGUCUUUUCUCGUCUUCGGUUCUGUAGAGCGAUUCCGGGUCCUUCCUGGCCCGGUUUCCCCUCACCUGCUGGGGGGUGUGGCUUGUAGUGCUUGUUCUUCUUCUUCUUCAUAUUUAUUUAAAUAAAGACAUCCUUCUUUUUUU